AUGAAGUCCUCCAUUAUCGCAGCAGCCAGCGCUGCCUCUGGCCUGGUCGCAGCCGACAAUGUACCAACCGUUCAUUUUCCUUUGACUCUGCUGUACGGCAAUAACGAGAAGAUUCACACUACUCUUACGAAACCCGAGACCAACACCACUAUUCCUGUGGUCUACGAUAGUGGUAGCGAAAACUUUUUCGUAUUUGGUCCAGGUGCAAUUGAUAAUUGGGGCUCUUCGAAUAUCGGAGUGCGCGGGCAAUGCAAUGCGAGUGUACCCGAGUCCGACUUGUUUGACUACAAGUUGUCGACAACCGCCUCACAACCAGUAGACCACCCUGCCACAUAUAUCUAUGGUGGUGCCGACAAGAUCUACGGCGGCUCUGUCACGAUCAAUGACACUUUUAUCUUUGUCAACGAUGAUGGGCUGUCCUACACACUGGAGAACACUCGCGUCGAGCUCGUGGAUUUCUUGACCCAGCGAAUCAGGGAUACGACCUGCUCAUAUGCUCCUCUAUAUGACCUCGGCAUAUUGGGUGUCUCUCCUUUCUACCAAGGCGCCGGUCGCAACACCACAGGGCCUUCGGUGCGCCAGGAUUUGCUGGAUCGCGGAAUUAUUGGUGCCUCAGUACAGAGCAUGUGGUUUGAUGAGGCACCCGAGGAUCCGCUCGCCCCCUACACCGGCAAUGGCCUCAUUGGUGGUAUCGACACCUCCAAGUACUCGGGCGACCUGGUCAAGGUCAAGACUGUUGUCCCAGGCGGCGCAAACGUGGGCUACUUUACCGAGAUGCCUACUGUUUCCAUCAAUGGCCAUACCUUUACCCAGACCGACUCGGUAACAUACUGCCAGCUGGACUCGGGUACUCACGACGACACUAUCCCGAUCGCCUAUGCAGAGAACGACCUCUUUGAGAACAUCACAGGCAUCAUCACCAGUCCCAUUGGCUACACCUCAUGGAACGGGACAUGCGACACCAUCCCUACCAACAUCACCGUUGACCUGACUUUCCCAGGUGUGGUGGAUGGGACUUCCGUCACUGUCAAGACACCUCUGCGCGCAUACGCCCGAGUCGACUAUGGUGAGCCCGGCUACUGCGCCAUGAGCGUUGGCGUCAGCGGUUGCUUCCUUGGCUCACCAUUCCACUCUGCUGCAUUCUUUGCUGCCGACGACGAGCAUGGUGAGAUUGCGCUGGCACAAGGUGGCGUGUCAAAGCCCGGCAGCAGUUUUGAUCCUGCAUCAGUUGUGGGAAGGAUACCUUGA